CGGGGUGGCGUUGUCAAAAGUCGGUCUCCUUUCGGCACGAGAACCACAUGGAAGUGUGUGCAAGAAAUUGUGUUAAUUUCGUGAAAAAUAGGUGGUUAAUCGCGUGAAAAGUGCUCAAAAGUGUCUACCAUUGACGCUGGGCAGCCCAUAAGUGUGAUUUUGUGUGCGUGAGUUGUGCGAAAAGGGUGAAAAUUGCGUGCUAAGUGUUAUCACUGAGGAAAAAUACAUCUUCCUUCGGGGCGCAGUUUGCACCUUGUCGGGUUCGUGUCGCGAUCAAAGUGACGUUUUUUUUUCUUUUUUUUUUCACUCGUCUCAAAAUCCAGCCAUAAAAGGGGGCAAUUCGUGUUAACCAUUUGCCUCAAUCUCAAGUUGAAAUUUUCCACGCUGGUGGCGAAUUCGCAGUAACCUGCGACAUUUGUGCACGCUGUGCAACGAGGGAGUGUGAUUUCGUGUCCAUUUCCCCGGAGCCCCCAAAAGAGAGUGGCUUUUUUUGUGUGAGUGAGUGAGAGAGAGAGAGAGGACUUUUUUUUGCACACCAAUACACUGGCGCUCUGAUUUUUUGGUGUCUCCGGAUUGCUGUGAUCCCGUGGGGCAUUGUGCAGCAGUGGUGACCAGGGAAAGGUAUCCCAGUCCGACAUCCCACAGAGCCCCUCUUGUCCAAACAUGAUGUGCUCAUAACACGUCGCGGUGAUUAGAGUGUCUCUCAUCGUGUCGUGUUGAAUUAUAUUUUUCUCUUCGAUAAUCUGUGAGUGGGACAGAGAUAGGACCUGGCCAGGGAGUGCGAGUGAGUGCGGUGGCAUCAUAAAAACACCAGCCUACAAAUACACCGAGACAUUUUCACAAACGUUAUGGCAACGAAAACGCUGGAGAAGAAUACCACACUCAAUCCAUCGGAUCAUGGCACAUCCUCAGCAGCUGCCAGCUCAUCGUACGCCAACGUGGUGAACAGUUUGAAGGCUGCUGGGGGCCAUUCGAUGGUUGAGAUGAAACAGAGAAAUGACAAUAACAAGGAGAAUGUCCUGGGUGAUAAGAAUCCCGAGGAUCAGUCCAAAGUAUCAGACACAGCAGCCAAGGAGGCUCGUGGGAUGGCAGCUGGUGAACCAGAGGAUGAUGAUAGUUUCAUCCCAGUGGCAUCGUUGACCAAGAAGGAGCGUCGCAAGGAGAAGCGACAGCAGCUGAAGGCAGCUCGUCCGGAGCCCAGUGCAAAGGCCACAGCUGAUCGAAAACUGCCCAAAAAGGUGCCAGAUGGGAAGCCGCCAUCGGCCAAUGGGAAUGGCUCGACAACGUCGACGGAUAGUUCGACGAAUGGGACAAUUGGGCAGGAGAAAGUCAAGGAGGAGGCUCCUAAGAAAUUUGUCGAAGCUCCUAUUCCCACUGUGAAUGCCUGGAAGAUUCAGAAUCAUACGGAAAUUGUGCCUGAGGUGGAUGUGCUCAAGAGCAAGAGGAUUCUCCAGCCGAAGGAUCAGCAAAAGAGCCGAAUAGCUGGAGAACAAUCGAAAGUUCCCGAAGCUGAACCCCGAACAGAGGUUGUCCAGGAAACUCCCAAUAUAGCCAAGAUCCUCAAAGAGGAGAAACAGCAGCAACACAAAAGCAAUAAGGCGAGUGAUUUUACAAAUGUUGGCGAUUGGCCACUUUUGGGUGGUGUCCCAGGAAAUGGGGGAAAUGGUGGUACAAGUGGUGCUGCUGGUGCUGCUGCUGCUACAGUUGCCAGUGACGUGAAAAAGUCUCCCAAUGUAACAGCACAGACAGCACCUGUUGAAUCCCCAAUACCGCCACCACCAGCCAAUAAAAUCCCAGCUCCGGAGAGAGAACCGCCGGCGGUGGCGGCGUCAUCGACAGCGGCGGCUAUGCCAAAAGCUGAAUCAUCGUCUGUGCCACGUGCACAGCCGGAUGAUCAUGCUCGGAACAAUGGCACAAGUCACGAAGCCACCUUUUCCGAGGCGGCUCCGGGAUCUGCAGGAGCAGGAGGUGCUCCUGGUGGAAGUGGCAGCAAUAACAAUCGCCGGGGAUUCCGGCAGAAAUGGGUACCGUUGGAUAUCGAUGUGUCCAAGCCAACGCGUGCGGGGAAACGAGGUGGUGGAGGACGCGAUGACUUCCACCAUGGAGGAGCAGGAGGAGGAGGAGGAGGAGGCAAUCGUGGGGGGGAUUUCUAUGGAGGACCUCCGCAUGGGGGACGUCGUGGGGGACCUGAAUAUUCUGGCAGGAGCAAUCGGAGGUUCAAGGGGGGCAACUCAGGACGCUCUUCAGCUGCCAGUGUGCAUCACAAUGGAGCUGGGCCGGCGCCCAGACGCGGCGGUGGACGGGCUUCGCGUACUGUCAGCACAGCCUCGCCCGUGGAUCCGCAUGUCAUCAUGCACGAUCCCGAGCGCUUCAGGGAGUUUACGGUGGCCAAGCAGGGUGCCGACUUGGCGGCUGCCUACAUGUUGCCUUUCAUGGGUACCUACUACUUCAACGGGGUCCCAGCAUAUCCGACCAUGGAUCAGCCUAGUCUUAAGGAGUGCAUCAAGAGACAAAUAGAGUACUACUUCAGUGAGGAGAAUCUACUGCGUGAUUUCUUUUUGCGUCGCAAGAUGGAUCCUGAGGGAUUUAUACCAGUGACCCUCAUAGCAUCGUUCAAUCGUGUUCAGGCCCUCAAUGCUGACACUGCCCUCAUCAUUGAGGCCAUUCGUGAGUCAGAUAAAUUAGAAAUUGUCAAUGAUUUCAAAUUGAGAACUAAGUCAGAUCCGGCCAAAUGGCCAAUUAUAUCGACAAUUGAUACCCUUGGACCUCAAGUUGUUGCACCCAAUUCCACUGCUGUACCUUCUCCUGCACCAUCAGCAGCUGUUGCUGCUGCUGCUGUUGCUCCAGUGGCACCAAUUGCAGUGCCGGCUGUUGAAGCAACACCAGCUACUGGUGCACCUCAGUUGGUGGCGACACCACUCAGUAAAAUACCACCUCCACCAGUGCCCAGGAAUUUUCGUACGAGAUCUGGGGCAGUGGAGGGGGCGGGAGGAGGAGCAGGGGGAGGAGGAGGAGUAGGGAGGAAGAUUGUGGAGGAGAAUGGGAUUGCAGUUAAGGAAGACUUGAAUCCCGAUGUGCCAGAAUUUGUGCCUCCGGGCAAGCUCAAGGGAGAACGACGUGAUCAGGUGCCAAAGGGAACAGGAGGAGCCGGAGGAGGAGGAGGAGGAGCAGGAGGAAGGGAGGAUGCUGAGGUGGCUAGUGUGAUGACUGACAAUAAAUUUAGGAGAAGUGGCGGUGGUGGGGAUGAGGUAGGAGAGGGAGAAGAGAGUGAUUCGGAUUUAUGGCGUGAAGUUAAACGAAGAUCGAAGCACAAUAACAGCAAGGAGACAACACCAAAGCCAACUGGAGCCAAUGGACCAGGAAGUGCGGGGUCUGCUGCAAAAGGAGGAAGUGGAAGUGGAAAUGGAAGACCUCCAGUGGCUGAAAAGGAAGAAUUGGAUUUUCAAUUUGACGAAGAAUUGGAUAUUCCAACGUCCGGGAGGAUCAAUCAUUUCACAGAAAAUUGGUCAGAUGACGAAUCGGAGGAUUAUGAAUUGCCAGACAGGGAUAUCAAUAAGAUUUUGAUUGUGACUCAAGUGACGAGUCAUCGGACACCCAAGCAUGAGGGAUACGAUAGGACGGGUGAUUGGACGACAAGGACAAAGAUUGCACAGGAUCUGGAACAGGUGAUUAAUGAUGGAUUGAUAAAUUACGAAGAGGAUCUUUGGAUGACAAAUCGACGUCCAAUGUCAAAUAGCUACAAGACAGUCAAUGUGAUUACCCAGGAGGAUUUUGAGAGAUUUGUACCGCGUACUGCCAAAAAGAUUAACCCGGAUGUUCCUCCGCCGCCACCGCCUACAUUUUCAGAAGUGGGAUUGGCUGCAGCAGUCGAAGCUGGCCAUGAGGCUGACGAUGGCACCUUCGAGGCCAACAAUACAAGUGCCCACAGGAAAGCACGUUUCUAUGCUGUGAACAAGGAUGAAUUGGUGGAUCCGAGGACACCAAGGAAGCGCAAGACGCGACAUUCGACCAAUCCACCGGUUGAGAGUCAUGUCGGUUGGGUGAUGGAUGUCGUUGAACAUCGGCCACGGACAUCGAGUAUGGGCAGUUCGACGGGUACAAGUCCAACGGCAUCCAGUUAUGGAUCUUCAGUGCCACAGAGUUUGCCAGUUUUUCAACAUCCCUCCCAUGCAUUGCUCAAGGAAAACAAUUUCACGCAGCAGGCCUACUACAAAUAUCACCAUCGAUGCCUAAAGGAUCGCAAGAGAAUGGGUCCGGGACAGUCACAGGAAAUGAAUACCCUCUUCCGUUUCUGGUCAUUCUUCCUGCGUGAGAACUUCAACAAGAGCAUGUACGAUGAAUUCAGGCAAUUGGCCAUGGAAGAUGCUGAAUCUGGAUUUCGCUAUGGACUCGAGUGUCUCUUCCGUUUCUACUCGUAUGGACUGGAGAAGAAGUUCAGGCCGCAUCUCUAUGAAGACUUCCAAGUGGAGACCAUUAGAGAUUAUGAAAAAGGGCAAUUAUAUGGAUUGGAAAAAUUCUGGGCAUUCAUCAAGUACUACAAGAACUCGAAGAAAUUGACCGUUGAUCCGGUUCUCAGUGAAUUCUUGUCCAAAUUCAAGACAAUCGAGGAUUUCCGUGUGGUUGAACCUCAGCUGGAUGAGAUGUUGCAGGGUGUUGGAACCCUGAGAACAUCUCCGGACAAAAGGCGUCACCGAAGUGUGUCGGAGAGUGAAGGUGCUACAACGUCAGCUGGAGAACGCGAGCAAGAAGUUAGGCCGAUUGUUGGGUCUCUUGGAAAUCGAAAUAUUCAGCAAAAUCGUGAUAGAAGAAUUGGAGGAAGCAAUCAACGCACAAGAGCAGGUUCUUUUGGUUCAACUAUGCGCUCGUACAAGCGAAAUCAGCCACAGCAAUUGACAAAGUCCCAGCAGAGUCACUGUUAUGCAUCAACGGACGGACCCUCAAAUCGUGAUCCAUCAAUCCCAAGUACAUCAGCUGCCACUGAUGCCAGUGCAUCGACUUCAGUGACCAAAGGUGCCGAAGGAGGCAACAAGAUUCAGGCGAAAAAGUCCAAAAUUGAUGCUCCGACGAGUAGCAAGAAGUGAGUCAGACAUUUUCUUUUUCCUCUAAUACUUACAUUAUAUUUUUCAAUUUACAAAUGAUGACCCCCUCCCCCUCGAGAAUUUGAGUUGGAAAAGUGCCAAAUGGGACUUUUCGCUAUGCGUCUCUCUUCGAUGAUAAAGAAAGAAAUAAAAUAAAACAAGGUGUUACAAUG